CUAAGCUCUCUUCAUUCCAUUUAGUAGAGUGUUGUGUUCGCGUGGGAAAGACGUGGUGUUAGUGAAGUGAUUGUACUCGCAAGAAAAUUGUGUGAACGCGAGUUGAUUGUUACGAAGUUUGAACUAAAAGUGAAUUAAACUACUUUCCUCUGGAUGUGGUAGAGGCACCAUGUGAUUUCACACCCGGGCUGCAUCACACUCGUCAACAUGAAGCAGAUAGUCAACAAGAACCUCAUCUCGCUGAAAUGCGUACUUUUCUGCUUCCUCUCAGGCAUUGGCUGCAUAUUCCCGUUCCUGCCCCUGCAUAUGCUGUCGGUGGGCCUGGAUCGCGGUGAAGCUCGACUAAUAUCGGCAGUAGCGCCCUGCGUAGCCCUAAUUGGCCCCGCUAUUUUGGGACCACUUCUUGAUAAGUUAUCAGUGGGUCGUGGUUCGACGGGCGGCAGCGGCUCGGGCCCCAGUGGCUCCGGGAAACUGCUGAGGGUGAUCACGGCCUUAUGUCUUAUCCUGAGCGCUGUGUUCUACCUUCUGCUGCUGGCUGUCCCUUACACUGAGAGACAUGAGGCUCGCCGGCCAGAGGUGCUGUUCAUGUGCGACCAGGAUGGAGCGUACGUGAUGCAGGAGGUCUGUGCUGAGGGCAUGAGGUGCAACCGCUGGGACGGAGAGAAGACGGGAGUGCUGGCGGUGACGAAGUGCGAAUACGGAUGCGCUGACGACAACAUGACGUGGCUCACGCAGCCGUUCCCCGUGCCCGCCACCACUACCACCGUGCGGCCUCUCUACGCGAAUAUACUCAAUGAGACUGAGGCAGAGCCCCUAAUCGCGCGCGACGAAGAAGAAGAAGAAGACGACUAUGACCUCAACCCGCCGCACCUCUGCCUCACCGGGGAGACGGACGUGGAGUGCCUGGUCUACAUGCAGCACGCGGGCCGCAUGCGCGUGCCGCUGUCGCUGACGGCGCCGCGCCAGAACGACACCGCUGAUUGGUGCACUUAUAAGACUGCGAAACCCUCAAAAUGCAACGUUCCCCAAAACCGUCUGGACCAGCUUCUAGAAGACAACCCCGAGUGCCGGCCGGCGGUGCGCUGCCAGGUGCUGGACCCCUACGACGAACCCGACGGCGUGCUGGCCGAGGCUCAGUGCAGGCUGGUCAUUGGCGACCCGAGCUAUACGUUCUGGAGCUAUUUGGUUGUCAGGGUGCUUGCGGACAUCUGGCCCACAGCAGCCCUGGCGCUCCUCGGCGCAGCCUGCGUCAUCGCUACUCGAGAGACCUCGCUAGGUCGAGGAGACGUUGGAAGACAACUGGCUGUGGGAACCAUCGGGCUGGUGAUAUUUCCGCCACUAGCCGGUCUAGCGGCCAAGGAAGUCCCGGAAGCGCCAUAUUUGAUCCCAUUUGUCAUGCAUGCGGUGUUCAUGCUGAUUGGAGCUUUGAUCCUGAUAUUUGACAGCCACAUGCCGCUAUCAGCGCCCGAGUGGUGGUGGCACACGGCGACGGGCGUGCUCACGAUGCCCAUGAACGCCAUCCGGCGGUACGGAGCCGAGACCGCCGCUAUAUUCGCCGUGGUGACUCUACUGGGGACUUUGUGGAGCGCUAUUGAUACUUACUUGCCUUGGACGGUCCUAGACCUGAACGGCACAGACACUCUCCUCGGCCUCGCCUACACAGUAGGUGCACUACCGGCCGUGCCUGUGCUGUGGUGGGCGGAAGGACUGGUCGACUUCCUCGGACACUCCAACAUAUUCAUCGCUGCCUUUACGUUCUAUUGCUUGCGGUUUACUGGUCUCGGCUACAGCACCGACCCGUCAUUGGUGCUGGUGAGUUCGGCUCUGCAAGUGGCGACUCUAAGCCUCGUGCACGUGACCGCCGUGCUCUACUUCCGACACCUGGUGCCCAGGAAGUACACCGCUACGGGACAGGCGCUGCCGGUUAUUGCGCACUUCUGCUUAGGUCGUUGCAUCGGCGCAAUAAUCGGCGGCAUCGUCUCCGAAGCCCCCGCCCUGGACGCAGCCAGGGAGGUAUACCGAGCCCUGGCGGUGACGUCACUGGUCAUCGCCGCGGCCUACCUCGCCUUGUACCACUUUGUGUUGGCGCCUAAAUGCCAGGCGCCUUCCGUCGCGCCGCCUCAGACUUUGUUGCAAGGUUUGAAUACCAACGGGUCUUCGAAUGGCACCUACUCUCCGAUGCGGGUCUACCAUGAAGAGAGAUCACGGAAAGGACACUUCAGAUACUAAAGUCACAAGUUUAGUCAUAAUUACUAUUGUUAAAUGUUAACGUAGCGUUAAAAUAAUUUAGUCUUAAGAUUUUCGAAUACAUCAAUGUGAUAUUAUAAGUGCUUUGUACUAAUUACGAAUCCAGUACAUAUUUAUUUCUAUUUCACCUAGUGACUGUAAUUUUAAUAAUUGAUAUUUGUUUGCAUUUGUAUUUUAAUACGUAAGAUUUUGUAAUAAAGUCACUGCCACAA